UCUCCUCAGCUAUGAGGAAAUCAAUAGGAUUUCAGGUCUCUGUGGUUGCCUGCAGCAUCCUGUUCUUAUGCUCCAAUCCACCAUGCCUUGCAUCUCAGGACCUGGAGGAGGGGGAUGUGACAAAGCUCCAGCCUGGCCCAUGGGCUGAGAAUGGGGUAGAAGAUGAAAGGAUAAGCUUGUCAUCUUUGAAAAAUAUCCUGGACCCCUCUGAGCAACCAGUCUCUGAAGAGGCGUUUGGAGUGUCAGCAAAGUCAUCUGAGAUGCCCUUAAGUGAAGCUUUCACAGCUGAAAGAGAAAUACAGCCUGCAAGCCCAAGGCCUGUCUUUCCAAGCAGCCAGAGCCUGGAUGUUUACACCCCUGCUGGGGCAGUGACUGCUGCAGAAGAGAAGGAAUUUGAUCCUGCGAAGCCAGAGAAGGAGCUGAAUGGCAAUGGUGAGCUCAAGGCCAUGCUCACCACAGCUGUGACCACCUUGAGCCCUUCCCUGGAGGAGGAACCUGUGAGUGGCCCUGCUAGCAAGAGCCCUGUGGAGGAUAGUGCUGAGGUAGAGGCUGGCUUUGCCAGUGUCCUGGCAGCUGUCACAGAAAGCGGAUUUGCUGCCUUGGAGAAGGCAGGGAGUAACUUGGACAGCUUGACUGCACUCAGUGAGCAAGUUCCCACUUUGCUCCCCAGCACUCCCAGUCUGGAAGUGGCAGGUGACUACUCUGUGAUCCCUAGUCCUGAGCCUCAAAGUGUGGACUCGGAAGCUGAAACCCCAAGUGCAGACAUGGGGAGCCCUUUGCAGAUACUGACUGCACCAGGACGUGUUGCUGCAAACCUCCCUCUUGCACCUACUGAGGUUUCCUUCCCUGUGGAAGUGGGGAUGGAUGGCAAGCAAGGAGAGCUGCCUGUCAUGCCUAGCACUGUCACUGUCCACCCAACUGACUCGGUGCCUCCUGACUGGGAUGACACGAAACUAGGGAAUAUAAGUCAAGGGGGAAACCUGCAGCGUGAGGAGAUGAGAGAGGAUCAAGCGGCAGCAGAACCACCUCGGACCCCCCAGGGAGAUGUGGGGGAGGAAGAUGAUGUGACAAGAGUGCUGCCAUCUCCUGUAUCUGCUCCAGCAACCCCUGGCACUGCCAAGGAGAGCAACUCCACAGCUCUGGUGUCAGCACAGAGGGAGGAAAUGCCAGUAGCUUCCACAGGCCGCAGUGAUGUUUCUCUCACUGUGAGCUUGACAGGAAUAGACACAUCUGAUUUAAACUCUCUGGAAAAUACAGACACAGUCACAGCAGAGGAAAGGAAGAGCAUUGCUCUGUCAUUGCCAGAGGCUGCUGUGGUGACAGAGAUAAAAUCGGAUGUCCUUCCUGCUCUGAGAAGCUCACUAGAAGGUGUCACCCAGGAGAUGACAACAGCUCCCCAGGACACUGAUGCUGCCCCAUCAGUUGUGACCUUGGCACCUGGUGCUACCCAGGGAACUAGAGUGGAAAGUCUUCCUUGGGAGGAAAGUAGGAGGGAUACCCAGAUGCCAGCUGUUUCCAGUCCCACCCAGAUGUUGACAGCAACUGAUGCUGCUUCCACAGCAGAAACUCUAGAUGUUGAAGAUUUCACAGAUGUGGUCCCAGACACCAGUGAAAAGACUGUUCUACCUCCUGGUGAUUCCUCUGCUACCCAGCCUGGACAGACAGAGGAGCCACCCAGCAGACCUGUGGUACUGGUGACACCAGCAUCAAUGGCCUCUGUGAGGAGGACUGCUCUUCCCUCCGUGAGGAAGAUCAGUACGGCUGUGACCUACGGGCUGGACCGGCUGGAGUCAGAAGAGGGUGAGGAAGAAGAGGAGGAGGAAGAGGAGGAGGAAGAAGAGGAGGAGGAAGAGGAAGACGAGGAGGACAAGGACAUAGACUCGAUGGAUGAAAGCCUGGAGGGUGACACCGAGCUGCCAGGCUUCACGCUGCCGGGUGAGACCUCCCAGGAGCCCCUGGCCGGGCUGGAGAACCCCGCGGCGCAGCUGGCCGGGGUGUCCUAUCAGGUUCCCGACACCAUCGAGUGGGAGCAGCAGAACCAAGGUCUAGCACGUUUGCUGCUGGAGGAGAAGUCUCAGGACAGGAGAUGUCUCUCAGAUGCCUUGGAGAGGAGGCAG